AUGGCUUCUUCAAAUACUGCCAGACUAUUUUUCCGACAAACACCACGACAAGAUGUAAUCAAACCAUUCCUCUUGGCAGAUAUCGGCGAAGGAACUCGAGAAUGCCAGAUCAUCCAAUGGUUUGUGCAGCCAGGUGCUCGCGUAGAGCAAUUCGACAAACUCUGCGAAGUACAGUCGGACAAGACGGCAUCUGAUAUCACAUCACCCUUCGAUGGAGUUAUCAAGAAGCUCUACUAUGAAGCAGAUGACAUGGCUCUUGUGGGCAAGCCCUUACUGGAUAUCGAUAUUCAAAGUGACAUCUCACCCGAGGAUGAAGCUUUGAUAGAAGGUUCUGGCGGUAAGAAUGUGGAUGUUCCACAAAAGGAAGCACAACAACCCAAGUCUCCAGAGCAAGAAGCCCCAAGCACCGAACGAGAGGAAGUCAGAGGUCCUCUCAGUAAGACUAAGUACCACGACAAAGGAUUGGCGACACCUGCUGUGCGACAUCUUGUCAAGGAAUUAAACGUCAAAGUUGAGGAUAUAGAGGGGAGCGGCAAAGAUGGUAGAGUGCUGAAAGAAGAUGUGCAUCGUCACGUCUCGCAAGGUAGUCAGCUGUCGGUCCAAGAGCAGGUCGCGAAGGAUGUCAAGAAGUCUUUGACGCCAGUCCAAACCGGCAUGUUCAAGGCCAUGACCCGAUCACUCACAAUACCGCACUUCCUGUACUCGAGUACGGUCGACACCGGUAACCUCAACAGAUUCAGAGUGAAGAUCAACGGCACACGAGAGGCGAGUCACAAGUUGACCCCACUGCCAUUCAUUUUAAAGGCGAUCUCACUAGCAAUGGCGCAUCAUCCGUUGCUUAAUGCCUGGUUGGACACGUCGGAUCCUAAAAAGCCCGAGCUGAGCUACAAGGCAGCGCAUGACUUUGGUAUUGCGGUGGACACACCCUCCGGUCUAUUGGUUCCAGUCAUCAGGAAUGUCGAGUCGCAAAGUGUGGCAUCCAUUGCAGAGCAAAUCAAGGUUAUAUCAGGCAAAGCACGUGAAGGGAAGCUGGGCGCAAAAGACCUCCAGGGACCGACAUUCUCAGUGUCGAAUAUCGGAUCAAUCGGCGGCGGAGUUGUGGCACCGAUCAUCGUAGAGCCUCAAGUAGCCAUUGUAGGAGUUGGAAGAGCCAGAGCAGUGCCAGGAUUCGACGAGCAAGGAAAUGUCGUCAGAAAGGAAGAGAUGGUAUUGAGUUGGAGUGCAGAUCACAGGGUGGUCGAUGGAGCAGAGUGUGCCAGAUGUGCCGAGAGGGUGAAUUGGUAUCUGCAGAACAUGGAGGCGUGGGUGCUGGAGAUGAAAUAA